GCUGGUGGUGGGACUCAUUUCAGUUACAAUCAGCAACAGCAGUAGUCUUGUGUUCAACUCUCUCUUUACUUACUCUCUCUAACUCUCUCCAUCCCUCCUUCCCCUAUCUUGCUCUCUCUCUCCCAUCUCCCUGCAUACUAUAGCUCUCUUUUUUUCUCCUUCUUCUGUAUUCUCUCUCCUCUUUGCUCGCCUGUUGAGAUUAUUCACUCAUAACUCAGAGGACCCAACAUCCUAGCUGAGUUCAGACUGGAGCCAUGGCUCCAGAAAAGGAAAGCAAUGGUCUCGAAAACUAUGCAUUUGCUAUUGAUGGGCGUUUCUGUGAUCUGGAGAAGGAUGGAGAGGGCUCCGACCUCUCUGAGGAAGACGACAAGAACAAACUGGCCUACUGUGUCACAGACAUCCCACCCUGGUACCUUUGCAUCAUUCUGGGCAUCCAGCAUUGCCUGACAGCGUUUGGAGGGAUCAUCGCCAUCCCUCUGAUCCUGUCUCAGGGUCUGUGUCUGCAGCAUGACAGCCUGACCCAGGGUCACCUUAUCAGCACCAUCUUCUUUGUGUCAGGCGUGUGCACCCUGCUGCAGGUCACCUUUGGAAUCAGACUGCCCAUUCUACAGGGGGGUACUUUCACCUUGCUGGCUCCCUCUAUGGCCAUGCUGUCGAUGCCAGAGUGGACAUGCCCUGCCUGGACCCAGAACGCUUCCUUGGUCAAUGCCACCUCUCCUGAGUAUGUAGAGGUGUGGCAGAGCCGCAUGCGAGCGUUACAGGGCUCCAUCAUGGUGGGCUCCUUGUUCCAGGUCCUGGUGGGUUUCUCUGGCCUCAUCGGUCUCUUCAUGCGUUUCAUUGGCCCCCUCACCAUCGCACCCACCAUCUCUCUGAUUGGCCUGUCCCUAUACGACUCAGCUGGAAUGAAUGCAGGGAACCACUGGGGCAUCUCAACUAUGACGACUGCUCUGAUCAUCCUGUUCUCCCAGUACCUCCGACACAUCCCUGUACCAUUUCCCACAUACAGCAAGACCAAGAAACUCCACACCACCAAGAUCUACAUCUUCCAGAUUCUACCAGUGCUCCUUGGCAUCACACUGUCAUGGCUGAUCUGCUACAUUUUCACCAUCUCUGACGUCCUGCCCUCACAGCCGGGGCAAUAUGGCUACCUGGCUCGCACAGACCUGAAAGGGGAUGUCAUAGUCCAGGCCCCCUGGUUCAGAUUCCCAUACCCAGGUCAGUGGGGCUUACCAACAGUGAGCCUGGCAGGAGUGGUAGGGAUCUUGGCUGGGGUGAUAUCCUCCAUGAUAGAGUCGGUGGGGGACUACCACGCCUGUGCCAGGCUGUCAGGGGCCCCUCCUCCCCCAAAACAUGCAAUCAACAGGGGCAUUGGCAUCGAGGGACUUGGCUGUCUGCUGGCUGGGGCCUGGGGCACAGGCAACGGAACCACCUCCUACAGUGAGAAUGUGGGAGCAUUGGGGAUCACCAAGGUGGGCAGUCGAAUGGUGAUCAUUGCUGGUGGCGUCUUGCUGAUCAUCAUGGGACUGUUUGGUAAAAUUGGAGCCAUUUUCACCACCAUCCCCACACCUGUGGUUGGAGGAAUGUUCUUGGUCAUGUUUGGGGUCAUAUCUGCAGCUGGAGUUUCAAAUCUGCAGUAUGCAGACAUGAACUCCUCUCGAAACAUCUUUAUCUUUGGGUUUUCCAUGUUUUCCGGACUGGUCAUUCCAAACUGGAUAUUCAAGAACCCAGAUGCCAUAGCAACAGGUGUGGUCGAGCUGGACCAACUGCUGCAGGUGCUUCUGACAACCAGCAUGUUUGUUGGAGGCUUCUUUGGGUUCUUCCUUGACAACACCAUUCCUGGAACCAAGCGAGAGCGAGGCAUCAUAGCCUGGAACAAGAUCCACCUGGACGACUCCAGCAACACCUUGGAGAGUAGCGAGGUGUACAACCUUCCAUUUGGAAUCAGCUCUUGCCUCUCCUCCUACACCUGGGUUCGAUAUGUGCCGUUCCUCCCUCUGAAUGCACCCAGCUCACAGGACAAGCCCGGGGUGGACUCUUUGGAGGCCAAGAAGCAACCUGGGAAGCCAGAGCCCUCACAUAUCAUCAGAUCAGUGGCCCUAUGAACACUGAGAAAGCCCAGACUCUGGCUAUAACAACAACAACAAUAACAAAGGCAGCUCUCGUGACUUGGACCACCUGUCCUGCUCUUAAGACACUGUAAAAGAACGCUAUCCAUACUUAUUUAGUCAGACAUUUUCUACUCACUUCUUGGCCAGAAUCAGAUUAGCAGUAACCCUCGUUAGCCAACAAAUGCAUAGCUUUGUUUUUGUUUAGGCAGUGUCGGAGGUGUAACUGCAUUAGAGCUGUAAUAAUCCACAAGCGGCUCCUGGCAUUACCUAUCGCACACAUUGCCAUUGGAUGCACCGUGUAGAAUUAGUAGAAAUCCCAUGCAGCCAUCCCACUGGAAUGUGGGAUGUAAUGUACAUCUUGAUUAUAUUGAUAUAAAUCCCUAUUAUGUUGUUUAAUGACUUUAAAUGUGUAAUUAUUUCUAUAAAGCCUGCACUUUCUCAUUCUGAACCUUUAACAUGGCUAGGAUAUCAGGACAGGUGUGGUUUCAUGACAAUGACUACAACAGCUGCUGCUAUACAUAUUGACAGCUCUAACAUCUGCGUGCACCAUUGCGCACAUGUUGAUUUUGUCCCCCCACACCAGACGCAAUCAGGACUCGCAGUUUCAGAUAUCAAAACAAACUCUGAACCAAUUAUAUUUAUUUGGGGACAAAUUAAUGAAAAGCAUUAAACAUUCAUGGCAAUUUAGCUAGCUUGCUUGCUUUUGAUAGCUCAUUUGUCUUGGGAUAUAAACAUUGGGUUGUUAUUUUACCUGAAAUGCACAAGUGAUUUUUAAAUUUAUUUUACUAGGCAAGUCAGUUAAGAACAAAUUAUUUUUUUCAAUGACGGCCUAGGAACAGUGGGUUAACUGCCUGUUCAGGGACAGAACAACAGAUUUGUACCUUGUCAGCUCAGGGAUUUGAACUUGCAACCUUUCGGUUACUAGUCCAGCACUCUAAGCACUAGGCUACACUGCCGCCAAGUACUCUACUCCAACGAUUAAUCCACAGAUAAAACGGUAAACCAAAUUAGUUUCUAGUCAUCUCUCCUCCUUCGUUCAGGCUUCUUUUUAUUAUUAGGACUUUAAAUGCCAGUUGGCAACCAACUUUAAGGUGCAUUACCACAACCGACUGGAGUGUGGAUCUCAGUUCAUCUUUCAAUCACACAUGUUGGUAUAUGCUCCUAAUAACCAAUGAGGAGAUGGGAGAGGAAGGACUUGCAGCGCGUUGAGCGUCACAAAUGCAACCAAGUUAUAUUUUAGCACCUGGCUACGCAGAUGCUUGUUGACUUGCGUGAGCAGUGUGGGUGCAAUGAUUGAUGUAUGUAUGUGAAUUUUGCAACGCACGCGAUGCGUGCGGUAUGGUUAGCAUGUAAUGCAGAUAAAUGUCCCACAAAAGAAUCUAUGAAAAGCUCUGCGUUUGUCUGGUAAUGAUUGUUACCACUGGUCAGAUUGAAUCCUGGCCCUUGUAUAGGUUUGCUUUGUAUUUUCUAAAUGAACUUUUGGCAGGGAUCUUUUGGCUUUUUGGGGUGUGAAUACAUUUUUGCUUGGAAAUGUUGUACAUUGUUAAUAUUUUUUUAUUUUCAGUGGAUCUUGUAUUUAAUGAUAACACUAUGUAUAAGAACUGUAUACAAAUUUUACAAAAAUGUGUGCUUUUUAAAGAAAAACCUUGAUUUUUAAAAUGAAUAUAAUCAUACUUAUUUCUCUGCAUUUCCAAGUUGGUUCAGGGUAACACUAGUAAUAAACCUUUUAAAAAGUUUGAAAUAAAUCAAAUAAA